CCCUAAAUGAUUUAAUUUAUUUAGUUUUUAUAUAAAAUCCAUUAAAGCCAACUCAACUCCUCUCUCUCUGUCUCUCAACUCUCAUCUUCUCUCUCCUCCAAAUUCGAGCUGUAAAUCCGACCAGCAGAACUUGAUACUCUGAAGCUUAUGCCGGGAUUAAAUCCGGCAAUGUCGAUCUUUCGCGCGCUUUUCAUCGUCUGUGUUCUUCACUCAGUAGUAACGCUUCAGGUUUCAGCUCAAAGAUCUACUAAAAAAGCUACUUCAUGGCAGACCUUAAGCGGAAAUGAACCUUUAGUUAUCGCUAGAGGUGGAUUUUCAGGUCUGCUCCCCGAUUCCAGCUCAGCUGCGUACAGUAUAGCAAUGAGCACAAGUUCACCCAAUGUUGUUCUUUGGUGUGAUGUACAAUUGACAAAGGAUGCAGUAGGGAUCUGCUUUCCUGACUUAAAGCUAGAUAACUCUUCCAGCAUUGCAGAUUUUUCACCAAAUACGAGCAGCACAUACCUUGUCAAUGGGGUUUCAACAAAAGGAUGGUUUACUGUGGACUAUGACAUGGACUUCCUGCAAAAUAUCUUCUUAACUCAAGGAAUUUAUUCCCGGACAAACAGAUUCGAUGGUAAUAUGUUUGCUAUCCAAGCCGUUGAAGACGUGGUAGCACAAAAUAAACCCUCUGGCGUAUGGCUGAAUAUUCAGCAUAGUUCAUUUUUCACACAACAUAAAUUGAACAUGAGAAGCUAUGUGCUUUCAGUAUCAAAGAGUGUUAUAGUUAACUAUAUCUCAUCACCAGAAGUUGGUUUUCUGAGAAGUAUAGAAGCACGAUUUAGAACAAGCAAGACCAAACUGGUGUUCCGUUUUCUUGGAGCAAGAGAUACUGAGCUUUCAACAAACCAGACUUACGGUUCACUUUUGAAGAAUCUUACUUUUAUCAAGACUUUUGCCUCUGGAAUCCUUGUUCCUAAGAGCUACAUCUGGCCUGUUACUACUGGCCAAUAUCUGUUACCUCAUACAUCUGUUGUUUCGGAUGCUCAUAAGCAAGGACUGGAAGUUUAUGCGUCAGAUUUCGCAAAUGAUGCAUCUUUCAGCUACAACUACAGUUAUAAUCCUUUGACUGAAUAUGUCUCAUUUGUUGACAAUGGCGAAUUUUCUGUUGACGGUGUAUUAUCAGACUUCCCACUAACUGCAUCAGCGGCCAUCGGUUGCUUUUCUCACAUGGACAAUAAAAGCUCUGGAGAAGACACUCCUACAGUUAUAUCACACAACGGAGCUAGUGGAAUGUUCCCUGGUUGUACUGAUCUUGCAUAUAACCAAGCCAUUGCAGAUGGUGCAAAUUUUAUUGACUGCCCUGUUCAAAUGACAAAAGAUGGAGUCCCUGUUUGCUUAACCUCAAUAAAUCUCAUAGAGGGGACAGCAGUUGCUCAAUCAACCUUUGGCUCUCUCUCUGUUAACAUUCCAGAGAUUCAAAAAAAUCCUGGAAUCUUUACCUUCAAUCUAACAUGGGAAGAGAUUCAAACCUUGAAACCGGUAAUAUCGAACCCGUCUUUUGACUACCAGCUUGUCCGGAAUCCAGCAAAUAAAAAUGCAGGAAGUUUCGUCUCAUUGGCUGACUUUUUAACGUUGGCGUUGAGCAAGCCACUUUCUGGUGUCUUAAUCAACAUAGAGAACGCAGCCUAUCUUGCGGAGAAGCAAGGUUUGGGCGUCAUUGAUGCUGUCAUUGAUGUUUUAAACAGAUCUGGUUACAAGAACCAAACAGCCCAGGAAGUUAUUAUCCAGUCAACAAAUAAAGCAGUUCUGACAACGUUUAAAGCGCAAUCAGGGUACAAGCGCAUGUAUAUGGUUGAUGAGGAUAUCAGCUCCAUCGAUGACUCAUCCAUCAAAGACAUAAAGAGCUUUGCUGAUUCUGUUGCUAUCAGCAAAGAAUCCAUCUUUCCUGAUGAGCAGCUCUUCCUCACUGGUUCCACUAAAGUUGUCCCUAGGCUGAAGUCAUUCAACCUCACAGUGUACGCAUAUCUGUUUAGAAACGAGUUUGUGUCUCAGGCAUGGGAUUUCUUCUCCGACCCAAUCGUGGAGAUCAACUCUUAUGUUAUGGGAGCUGAUAUCGAUGGAGUCAUCACUGACUUCCCUGCCACAGCUGCAUCAUACAAAAAGUCCAAGUGUUUAGAGGCCAAAGAAUUGCCACCUUACAUGACCCCUGCUCUACCUGGCGGUCUCUUGCAACUCGUCACCACUCAAUAUCUGCCACCUACUGAGGCCCCAAAUCCGAGCUUUACAGUUGCGGAUGUGUCAGAACCACCGUUCCCUCCUGUUUCGAAGCAAACAGCCAGCGAUGCUAAUUCGACUUCUGCAGGUGGUCCAAGUCCUUCUAAAUCGAAUGCGAAUGUAGGAGAAAUAGCCGGAGUUUUCUUCUCAUCACUUUCGUUGUUCUUCGCAUCCGUUCUGCUAAUAUGAAAACUUGAAUACAAAUAUCUAUUCGUGUAUGUAUGUUUGUGAGCCAAUUAGUUAUCUUUGGGUUUGUAGUUAGUUGGGAGCUUUUUGUAAUCCAUUCUUUUAAUGGUUUGCUGCAACAAAAUUUUUCCUUAUUUAUUUUUGUAGAGUUUUCUCAUUCUUCCACUCUAUUUAGAGAACGUGAAAAUCUUGUAUACAUUUGUUUGUUGUUUGAAUACAUUCUUUAUACUCAAGAUUGUCUUCCUUGUAAAA